AUGCUUCUCUACUACCUUGCGGCUAUCUUCAAGGGUCUGCACCCUCGAGUCGACGAUGAUUUCGUUGACAAACUCAAUUAUCACUACACGUCGGCCAUCAUAUUCGCCUUUGCCAUCAUCGUCUCGGCAAAGCAGUAUGUCGGCUACCCCAUCCAGUGCUGGGUGCCCGCCCAGUUCACCGACGCCUGGGAGCAGUACACGGAAAACUACUGCUGGGUCGAGAACACAUACUAUCUGCCCCUCACCAGCGCAUUUCCAUUGGAAUAUGGAGAUCGGAGG